CACGAGGAGAUGCUAUCAAGGUCGGUUGCUGGUGGUAGGAUUUCCUUGGAGUGAAGCCGGUAUUUGAUACUAUAAUGAAAUCUUCAUGGGACGAUACCGGUAGGUAUGGUAGGUAUGGUAGGUCAAGUCUUUGAUAAUUUCUUUGAUUACCCUACGUUUGGUUUUAUAUUCACUGCUCGCAUUCCGCAUAUUCCGUAUCUGGGACAUUAAUCAACAGUCGAACCUUCUGUGAACUUAUUAUACGGCGACAAACAACCACCUUCAUACUUUCAUAUCUACAAAAGAAAACAUCCUCACACCCUUCGACAUACACCACAGAUUCAACUACAUUCAAAAUGAGACUCAUCAUCAGAGACGGUAAAUCGGAAGCUUGUGCCUACGUUGCGCAAUACAUUAUUGGUGAGAUUCUUCCUCCAGCUCCAUUACAAACACUGUUUAACAUCUGAUUAGAUCGCAUCAAUGCCUUUGGACCUACCCCAGAACACCCCUUUGUCCUUGGUCUUCCUACCGGUUCUUCUCCUAUUGGUAUCUACAAGAUCCUCGUUGAAAAGUACAAGGCUGGUAAAAUCUCAUUCAAAAAUGUCGUCACUUUCAAUAUGGUAUGUUCUAACCCUCGCGCACACACACAACUUCACUAUCAAGGGUCAGAUCACUAACAUUGGUAAAUUGCAUAGGACGAAUACAUUGGCAUCCCGCGCAAUCACCCAGAAAGCUACCACACAUUUAUGUACAAACACUUCUUCUCGCACGUCGAUGUCCUUCCUCAAAAUGUUCACAUUUUAAAUGGCAAUGCCGAGAACCUCGAAGCUGAAUGUAUACACUAUGAGGAAACUAUCAAAGCAAAGGGUGGCAUUGAUUUAUUCCUUGGAGGAAUUGGACCAGAUGGUCAUCUUGCAUUCAAUGAGCCUGGAUCUUCCCUUGCUUCUCGUACAAGAGUCAAGACUUUGGCAUAUGAUACCAUCAUUGCUAAUUCCCGAUUCUUCGGUAAUGAUCUGGAAAAGGUCCCAAAGAUGGCUUUAACAGUGGGUAUCCAAACUGUGUUGGAGGCCAGAGAAGUUGUCAUCAUUAUCACUGGAGCACACAAGGCAUUGGCAUUGAAGAAAUGUAUUGAAGAAGGUGUGAACCACAUGUGGACUCUCUCAAGCUUACAACUUCAUCCCCAUCCUAUGAUUGUUGUGGAUGAAGAUGCAACACUUGAGCUCCAGGUUAAAACUGUCAAGGUAGCUACCCCACUUUACCCCGCCAUCCACUUACCCCUCCAUUAGCCCUUCCAUCACAACCAUACUGAAUGCUAACAAUAUAUUCAACAGUACUUCAAGUCAAUUGAAAAAGUUGCCGCCGCUCAAGGUUUCGAACAAAUUCUUCCAUCUGCUGCCCGUACAGGUCCCAAGCGUACUAUACCUGUUCCACCCAUGCCAGAAAGCUUGGUCAAGGAAGAACCUACCAUUAAAUCCCCACAACCUCUCACAACCACACUCUUAGCUGCACCAGCUACUGAAUACCCAGUCCGCAGAAGCCAUACUCCAGAAUUGAUUCCUGACCGCAUGGGCAGCAGAAUUUUGGCAGUUUAGUACCAUGAAUAGAUAACUGGGAACGAAUUGGUGAAUGGGAGGAUCAAAUUGAGUUGGACGCACAUAAGACAACAAAAUCCACUCUUUGAUAGCGGAGUUGUUGUUCUUAAGGAGUGUAUUUUCGCAAAGCUUUUCUAGUGAUGGUCUUUUUUCUUUUUUCUUUUUACAUAUUUGCAGGCACAAUAUGUACAUUUGCAUUUCUUUUGCAUGAUGAUACAGGUACUCUCUCUGCUUACAUUCAUUUCUGGCCAUGGCGGCACAGAAAUGAUUUACAUUCAAAGUAAAUUAUCCCCAAAAACUAAAUUGCUCAUAUUCUCACGAAUGCAAAUG